UCCUGCUAUUUUGUAUUUUGGUGGCAGCAGCCAGCCAGCAGCCAGCCAGCAGCAACCCGUGGAGACAAGUCCAAGAAAGGUGGAGACUCCUGGUUAACUUCCUGCACAAUAAUCUUGAAGCACCAGCAAGAGAGAACUGGGACGCUGCUGCUGCUGCUGCUGCUGCUGCUGGGGCAAGCAAGGACGAAUGGAUAUACGGCUCAAUUUAUUUCUUUUUCGGCAGUGAAUCGACAGAAAACACUUCCGAAAGAAAAACACCCAUUAUAAACAUCUACCUGGCUAGCAGCUAGCUAGCAGUGAGGCAGAGAUUCCCAACAUUUGAUAGCAAGGCGGUGCGAAGGACAGGAAUGGAGGUCGUGGUGGAGUAUGAGUACGACGCACUCCAUGAUGACGAGCUGACCCUGCGACCGGGCGACAUCAUCAAGAAUGUGCGUUACAUAGAAGAGGAUGGCUGGAUGGAGGGAGACCUCAAUGGGAAAAGGGGACUCUUCCCAGACAACUUUGUUAAGGAAUUGAAGAAGGAAUCCAAAGAGGUCAAGGAAACAAAGAAUGAGCCAAAAGAGGAGGCCUCUCAGCCUCCAAGGAGAGAGAAGAGUGCAGGAAAUGUGGCCAACCUGGUUCAGAGGAUGAGCACUAUCGGCAUUCCAACUGGUGGCUUCCUGCCUCAGCCUCCAGCAGCUGCAAAGAAGCCGAAGAAGAGACAGUGCAAGGCUCUGUUUGAUUACCAGCCACAGAACGAAGAUGAGCUGGAGCUGAAAAUUGGAGACAUCAUAGACAUCACCGAAGAGGUUGAAGAAGGGUGGUGGAACGGCACCUUCAACGGCAAGUCAGGACUGUUUCCCUCCAACUUUGUCAAAGAAGUCGAUGCCACAGGAGAGGAGGGAGAGUCCAACGAAACAGCAGCAGAUGAGACUGAUGGAAGUGGAAUGGAAAGCACCGCCGCCCCCACAUCCCCUCAACCUGCCUCAGGGAACGGAGUUAUAGCUCAGCCCAAGAAGAUCCGAGGCGUUGGCUUCGGAGAUAUUUUCAGAGAAGGGUCAGUCAAACUAAAGGUCCGACUGCCAAGCCCUGAAGUAGAGGAAAGGAAGGAGAGACCAAUCCCAUCAUUACCAUCUGCUGCAAAGCCCGCCCAUCCCAACAUGACAGACUCGCAGAGAGCCGACGGAGAAAGCAAAUCUAAAGCAAAAGACUGCUGUAAGGUCACAUUUGCUUUUGAGGCUUCAAAUGAGGACGAACUGACUUUGAAAGAAGGCGACAUCAUCCACAUCCUGAGCAAGGACACGGGAGAGCCCGGGUGGUGGCGAGGGGAGAUCGGUGGCAGAGAAGGUGUCUUCCCUGACAACUUUGUAACCAUGGUUUCUGAAGCAGAGAAAGAGACUCCCACAUCGAGAGGGUCAGUGAGAUCAUCUCCUAAGCAGGAAUCAGAAGAGAAGCCGAAGAAGCCACCUCCACCCUCAAAAAGCAUAGCUCUCAAGCCAGAGGUUCCCAGUGCCGACAAGAAGCCUCAUCCCAUCAGGCCAGAGGACAGAGCUGACAGGCCUACACCAGAUCACAAACCAUCCAAGCCUGCAGCGCCGGUGGUCCCGCCCAAGAAGCCGAUCCCCCCUCCUGGGAGAGGAAGGCCAGGGAACCUCCCUCCAAAGAGGCCUGACAAGCCUCUCGCUCCUUCACAGAGCCUCAAGCACAAUGGAGAGGUGCCUUCCACACGACCAAAGUCCGACCUUGAGCCAUUAUUGCCCACCAAACCCAAAACACUGUCUGGGGACUGGGGGGAGAAGUCUUCGGAUAUGGAUCUGAUGAGUUUUGAUGAGUUGUCGUCUACCUCAGAGAAGCUCUCUCACCCCACUGCUAACAGACCAAAGAUGCCUGGCAGGAGGCUGCCCGCCCAGUUUGGUGGAGGACAAUCGCCCAACAAGGACGUGAGCGUGGAGAAGUCCUUCAAGAUGGAUGAAGAGGACGCUGCCAAACCAAAGCUAACAGAAACCAGAAAGCCUUCCACCAACACCUUAUCCCAGUCACCGUCACUCCACAGGCCCGCCAUGGCCAGCACCGAUGCCAAGCCUAGCACCGCAGCAGCAGCAGCAGCCCCGAGCUCAGACAGCGCGCCGCACGGCAACAAAGCCCGGCUGGAGCCCGAAGAGCCGACCUCCCAACUGGAAGAGCUGAGGAGCCAGAUGAAGGAGCUUCUGCUGUCUGUGGAGCUACUGAAGGCCCAGCAAAUGAGAGAGAUCGCGGAGCUACGAGGAGAGCUGGAUGAGGAAAGGCUAAAGCGAGUGGCCCUGCAGAUGGAGAUAGAAAAACUGAAGCGGACCGUCCACUCGACGUGAACCUUCAUUGUGAUCAACAGCAAGCCUCAAGGUCAGCUGCUGGCCUUUUGACCAACCAGAGAGCAGGAGGGCGUGUGGCAGAUGGAUGAAUGGACGGAGAGAGAGAGGGUGGGGAAUCAGAUGAACCACCUUGAGCACAAUCCUUUUUCAGAAAAUAAACUCUCCCCAUACUUGUAAGAUUUACAUUUUGCACAUUUAGAAAAAUGUUCAAGCUAGAUGAAAUUAAGUUACAAAUGUAUAUUUCUCUUUUUUUUCUUUUCUUUAUUUUUUUAUUUUGCCAACACAAAAAAAAAACGGAGGCCUUACUUCAAACUACUGCGCUGGACUUACAACUCUGCCACUCCCACUCUCUCCCUGUCACUCCAGCGUUCCUUGAACCCCUCAAGGAGGAGGUUCGCUCUCAGUACUACUGACUUUGUAUAAAGCAGGGGGGACGCUUGUUUUCCUCGCUUAAUCUUCUUUCUCAUAUUUUUUAUGAUGCACAAAUAGUUGAUUUUAAAAAUAAGAACAUGUUUGAUUUCAGUUAACAUCUUUUGAUCCUCAUAGCAAAUGAUUUUUCUUUCCUAUCAGCAGUACUCCACUCCUUGGCUGCAGCGCUUCACAGAGAGCUCUGCUUUCAUUUGUCUUUUAUAUGGUUUCUAGCAUUCCUAUCCAGGGUAACACUACUGUGCCUGUUAAAGACAGAGUUAUAUUAAGUGUUUGUAAUGGGAGCUUAAAUAUACCAUGAUGGUGUCUGGAAAUUUUUGCAGCAUGAUAUUGUAUAUCUAUAUUUUUUAAGUCUACUGACAUGCCUAGUCAAAUACUAUAUAGAGGGCCUAUUCUAUGCUGGUCUCUUCUAUUUUUGUCAAACUGUUUCACUCGCUGGGAAUGUUCUCAGAGGUUUAGCCAGUCUGUGGGCAAUGCAGACAGAAUCCACAAGCAAAAAAUAUAUAUAUCUAAAGAGAAAAGAAAGUAAAGAGUGCACUCUUGACACACAUUACGUUUUAAACACAUUGGCAUGUUUGUUAACAAAGUGGCCAUUUGUUGUGAUCAUCCCUCUCAUCCCUCUCACGGCCCAUUCUACCUCUUCCCCUCCUUCCUCCCACCCCUCUUUAAUUCAGAGUGAGACAUUUAAUCCUUGUCUUUCUGCUCUGUAAUGUGUUUGCACAGCACUCAUCAGGUGUCCUGUCCUUAUUGUACAUGUCUUGUCAUCUACAUCUCUUUCCACAUUCCAAGUACACAAGUUAAGCUAACUGGAAGCAGAGAGCAGCAAAAAUUAUGAAAUGAUCUCACAUUCUCCUUUACCUAGCACUGUUUUAGCAGCGGUGUUAAAGCCCCUAUGUGUAGAAUUUUUCUGUGAAUACAUUAUCCGUCAAAUUGUUAUAUUGGUGGAAGUUUUUGUAUGUAGAAAAAUGAGAUAAUCCCACUGAAAUGGUUGCAGUCUUUGUCUGCCAGUGUAUUUUAAGCCAACUCACAGCUCUAGCAAUCACAAUCCAUUUUUCAGUUGUUUGGUCAGCCCACCACUUCAUUUUAGACUCGUAAUUUAUAUAUAAAUACUGAAACAUUCAGAGGAUGAACCCUAAUGAUGCUGUUGGUGGCAUCACAUAAAAAGUAACAUCCAUCACAUAAAAAGUUCUCAAUUAUUAAGUGAAAUACCUCCAAUAUCUUAAAGAUACAUCGGAACAUUUAUUAUUACCAGAUGUUUUUCAACCCUGAUAUUUAAAAAAGAAAAGUCGGGACACUGUGGAAAACGUAUAUAACAUAGAAUGCAUCAAAUUCAGAAUUCAGCAUAUAUUUACAAAAAAGUUAAUCAGUUUGGGCAUGAAUUAUAUUGUCUUUGUACAGUUUUAAAUUGAAUAUGGCAAAUGAUCACAUUCUGUUUCAUCUAAAAAAAAAAUGUGAAGCAUGGUUGUAGUCUCCAUAUCUAACAGAUGCAUUGGCCAGACAUUUUUUGUUACCAGAUGUAUUUGUCUAACUCUGAUAUCAGAAUAAAAUUUAAAGUACCUUAACAGCGGACAGGAAAGCAGUGUAUCCCUGCCCGCUUACCUCACCAAGCAGUGAUGUCACAGUGUACUGAUGCCCCUCGGAGUGCACUUCUGCAACACUGCGGUCAGGCGGGACCAUCAGCAAAACUUUCAGUUUGUUCAGUUUUAAUCUGUCCAAUACUUUAACAACUACAUGCAAAUCAAAUGACAUUCCCAUCAGCCUAACUGCACUUAUUUGUAAUUUGCAAACCCAUUUCCAAUGGAAGUUGUGACGCUGAGACAAACAUAAAUACAAAGUGAAUGAGUGAUGAGUGAUAUGUAUUUAAAAAAUCCCAGUUUUCUUUGUACUGGAUUCAAUUAAAUAUAGGUCUCAAAGGAUUUAUAGAAUUUAGUUUUCUUUUAAUGUUUUUCACAGCGUCCCAACUCUUUGGGGUUGUACCUGUUAACAUCAGCACAUUACAGCCGAUUCAAAUUGGAUUUUUAGAGGCUUAUAUUAAUAUAUGAAAGGUUUUUAAAAAAAAUCUGUUUACACUAUUCCGGCUGGUCUUUAUGUAGACGUGGCGUGAACAGUUUUCAUAAAGAUCCCUUUUUUUAAUUUUAAUUGGCCAAUCAACAAUGUAUAAUGCAUUAAAGAAUUUACAUUCUCUCCACUAGUGAAGAACAAUUUGAUCGUGCUGUUUGGAAACAUAUCUAUAGAGCAUGUUCGUACUUUGAGCUAAAUGCUGAGUACAACCUCACAGAGGUGCUAACAUGGCUCUUUGCUACCACCACUAAGGCUAAAAUGUUCAAAUCCUACACAUUGGUGCUUUGAGAUGAAGCUCAUAAACAGAAAAGGAAAUGGGUCAUUCACUUUCUGUACUGCUGCGUUUUCAGCUGCACAGAACUAUUCCUGCUCCUCUGGAUGCUAAUCUUUUUUUUAACAUCCUGGUAAGCAAAUUCUUUCCCUGUUAGCAAGGUUUAGGGCUACAGAAGUGAGUCAAACUAUUUUCUCUCAGUCGGCUCUGUCUUGUAGCCCUGAGCUCUGAAUGUACAGUGUGUGGUUCUGUGCAGAUGAACAGCUUAUCUCAAUGUUGAGAACGUGGGAGGGACCAGUACAACACCAAGUGUAACCCCUCUGGUCUAUGUAUGGGUUAGAGGAUUGUUCAGCCCUGAGUGUUGACCACAAUAUUUACAACUCUUGUUUAACUGUUUCCCAUCUCCUGCUGUGUACCACCAAUACAUGAACUGGUUACUGUUAUUCCUUGUUUUUUUUUUAUUUUAAUGUCAAAUGUCUUUAUACCUGUCUCACAAAAUGUCUUAAAAAGUGUUACUUUGCUUUUAAAUCAUCCUCAGGCUUCGUUCCAUGUGUUUGAUGUGUGUGUGCAUGCUUUUGCUGAGGUGUCUGCUCGCAAAGUGUAACAGAGUGAGUUCAGGAUAUUAAAUUCUGGAUGCCAGAGUGCUUUGACCAAGUUGAUACUGUAUAUCUGACCUUAAUGAGUAUGGCACUCAUGCAAUAUGUUGAUGCCUAACAUAGCAGACUUCAUUUUAGAAAGCAGCUCUUAAACGAUAUGGCUGGAUGAUAAAAUGAUCACAAUGUGGGAAAUAGGGACUGGGGAGUUUGUGGGACAGCUCUUCAUGUAAUAUCUGUAAUAUGGCUUAACAUCCACUAUUGUACAUUCCAGAGUUUGACACCAAGGAAAGAAGAAAUCUGUGCACAUUUAUAACAUAUUUUCAAGUGAUUUUGUUUACAAGAGCUGUAUCCUUGCAUGAGCUGAGAUUCUUUUCAAAAAUGAAUAAAUAUCAUCUUUAUUUACUGUCA